GCAGAGCGUGGCGGUGGAGCAGCUGUCCGGCGGUCUGAGCGCGGCUCAGUGACGUCUACCGUGGUGUCCUCGCUGCGCCUCCCCCCCCGGCUGGGAGGAGUCCUGCUGGGACUCUACAGCAAGGGAGGACAACCGCAAAUACCUGGAGGUGUCCGUCAUGGGCAAGAUCAACAAGGUGCUGGUGCGGUACGUGCGUUCUGACGGGAAGCUCCACACGGUGAACCUGCAGAACGCCAACCUGGCUGAUGGGCGGAGCCACUCCCUCAUCCUGCGACUCGGCGGUCUGCAGCGCAGCAACAUGAACGCUGAACUCUACGUCGACUGCCGAUUGGCCGACUCCAGCCAGGGCCUGCCCUCAUUGGUCCCCCUGCCCCGGGACGCCGACAUGGUGGAGGUCCGCCACGGACAGAAGGCCUACGCCCGCCUGCAGGGUUCUGUGGACUCCCUCAGACUGGUUCUAGGAGGUUCUGUUGCUAAAGCUGGAGCUCUGACUGACUGUCCGUUCCAAGGAGACUCUUCAGCCUACAACACAGUGGGUGCGGAGGUGAACUCUAUCCUCGGUGACCACACCAAGGCUUUGAUUGGUCAACUCAUCAUCUUCAACCAGAUCCUGGGAGAGCUGAGACAGGACAUCAGAGAACAGGUGAAGGAGAUGUCUCUGAUCAGAAACACCAUCCUGGAGUGUCAGGUUUGUGGCUUCCAUGAGCCCCGGUCUCGCUGCUCUCCUAACCCGUGCUUUAAGGGCGUGUCCUGUAUGGAGAGCAUCCAUUUCCCAGGAUACACCUGUGGACCCUGCCCACCUGGAACCUCCGGCAACGGGACGCACUGCAGCGACAUCGACGAGUGUGAGCUCCAGCCCUGUUUCUCUCCUGGAGCCUGUGUGAACACAGUGGGAGGCUUCAGCUGCCGGCCCUGUCCUCCAGGCUCUGGGGGGCGCCACUCGCUUGGGACCGGACUGGACUACGCCAAGACACACAGACAGGACUGUGUGGACAUAGAUGAGUGUGUGGAGCUGCCUGAUGCCUGUGUGUUGAACUCUGUGUGCAUCAACAGCGUGGGUUCCUAUAAGUGCGGCGGCUGUAAACCUGGUUUCCUUGGUAACCAGACGUCAGGUUGUUUCCCCAGGAAGUCGUGCGCAGCGCUGACCUUUAACCCCUGUGACACCAACGCACACUGCACCAUGGAGAGGAACGGAGAGGUCGCCUGCAGGUGUAACGUGGGCUGGGCUGGUAACGGGAACACGUGUGGACCGGACACGGACAUCGACGGAUAUCCUGACCGCUCGCUGCCCUGCAUGGACAACGACAAGCACUGCAAACAGGACAACUGUGUGUCCACGCCGAACUCUGGACAGGAGGACGCCGACAACGACGGGAUCGGAGACCAGUGUGACGAGGACGCCGACGGGGACGGAAUCAAGAACGUCGAGGAUAACUGCCGGUUGGUCCCUAACAAGGACCAGCAGAACUCGGACAGCGACUCGUUCGGGGACGCCUGUGAUAACUGUCCCAACGUCCCCAACAGUGACCAGAAGGACACGGACAGCAACGGGCAGGGGGACGCCUGCGACCAGGACAUCGACGGGGACGGUAUUCCCAACGUCCUGGACAACUGUCCCAAGGUGCCGAACCCGAUGCAGACGGACAGAGACAGGGACGGGGUGGGGGACGCCUGUGACAGCUGUCCUGAGCUCAGUAACCCCAUGCAGACGGACGUGGACAACGACCUGGUGGGAGACGUGUGUGACACAAACCAGGACACGGACGGGGACGGUCUCCAGGACAGCAGAGACAACUGUCCCGACAUCCCCAACAGCUCCCAGCUGGACUCUGACAACGACGGCCUCGGGGACGACUGUGACCACGACGACGACAACGACGGCGUCCUCGACGACUACGACAACUGCCGACUCAUCGUCAACCCCAACCAGAAAGACUCCGACAUGAACGGUGUUGGGGACGUCUGUGAGAACGACUUUGAUAACGACUCGGUGAUGGAUUUGAUUGACGUGUGUCCAGAGAGCGCUGAGGUCACGCUGACAGACUUCAGAGCCUAUCAGACGGUGAUCCUGGACCCCGAGGGCGACGCCCAGAUCGACCCCACCUGGGUGGUCCUCAACCAGGGUAUGGAGAUCGUCCAGACGAUGAACAGUGACCCGGGUCUGGCUGUAGGCUACACGGCGUUCAACGGCGUCGACUUCGAGGGAACGUUCCACGUCAACACGGUAACCGACGACGACUACGCCGGAUUCAUCUUCGGCUACCAGGACUCGUCCAGUUUCUACGUGGUGAUGUGGAAACAGACGCAGCAGUCCUACUGGCAGUCUCUGCCCUUCAGUGCCCUGGCCCAGCCCGCCCUGCAGCUCAAGGCGGUGAAGUCCCGGACCGGACCCGGAGAGUUCCUGAGGAACGCCCUGUGGCACACCGGGGACACGCCCGGGGAGGUGACUCUGCUCUGGAAGGACCCGAGGAACGAAGGCUGGAGGGACAAAACCUCCUACCGCUGGAAGCUCAGCCACCGGCCCCAGGUGGGCUACAUCAGGGUGCAGCUCUUUGAGGGGACCCGUCUGGUAGCAGACUCUGGUGUGGUGGUGGACACGUCGAUGAGAGGAGGACGGCUCGGCGUCUUCUGUUUCUCUCAGGAGAACAUCAUCUGGUCCAACCUGCGCUACAGGUGUAACGACACGGUGCCUCAGGACUUCCAGGCUCACCGCAAACAAGUUAUGAUGCACAUCCAGGUGUAAACACACCUGUGUGUGUGUGUGUGUGUGUGUCUGUGUGUGUGUGUGUGUGUGUGUGUGUGUGUGUGAGGUGGAUCACUUUAGCUACUAAGCUGCUGAUGACGAGAUGUCUCAGUGGAAUAUUCUUCAUGUUUCUGUUUUUAUUAAUGUACAGAAUUUUUUUUGUUUGUUUGUUUGAAUAAACUCCGUCAGUCACUUUCUGACAACAACAA